AGCCAACAGCUGCAGUAAGGACUGAAGGAGCUGACUUUCCUGGUCAUCCUGCGUCAGAUUGUAAACCUGCAUCGUCUCCAUCAUGAAGCUGUUGGCUGUGUUCCUCCUGGUCUUUUCCAUGGUGGCUCUGACCAGUGCUGUCUCCAUUAAUGGCACUCCUGGUGACGAUCAAGUUGGAUCUAUUUCUUGUCCUUUUGGCUGGACUCUGAUCAACAAUCGCUGCUUUCAAUAUGUUGCCAAUAAUAUGACUUGGGCUGAAGCCGAGAGAAACUGUCUGACCUUGGGAGCAAACCUUGCAUCAGUUCACAACUCGAAUGAGUACAACCAGAUUCAGACUCUGAUAUUUACAGCAAGUCAUGAGUCCAAAGAAGUAUGGAUUGGAGGCUCUAAUGCACAGGAGGAUAAUAUUUGGUUGUGGAGCGAUGGAAGCCCUAUGAGCUACACAAACUGGUGUCGAGGACAGCCUGAUAAUACCAGAGGCAUGCAGCGCUGUUUACAGAUGAACUAUUCAGGUGGAAAGUGCUGGGAUGACUUCUCGUGUCGUGGCCCUAAACCUUCUGUCUGCGCCAAGAAGCCCUGAUCACACUGAGGUUCCCAAAGAGCCUGAUGUGUAAAACAGAACCAGUGAAGGAUGAAUGCUAGGAGUUUCUGUUUACCUGCCUUUCUGCACCUUCAUAGAAAAUACAAAAGAUUUUUCUGCUUCUAUUCUUCAUAUCA